AUGACUGGCCCCUCGGAGAUGCCUUACGUGGUGCGGAAAAGGUAUUAUUCGAAGGCCAAUCGAUUGGUGAGAGCCCGGGACGUGGACCCAGCCAUCGUGCGGAAGUACGACAUGUUGAGAACGGACGCGGAUCGGUUCAGCUUCAUGAAGGAGUUGCUGCUUGCACCCUCCAUGGCUCAGAUCAAGAUCGAGGAUCACUACAGGUCUGUUGUUCGGGACAGCCACAAGGACAAGUACAGAACCGUUACACUGUUCCAACUGCAGAAGUGGUUCCCGGGUGAGGAGGGUGAGGCUUUCAUCCAGGACCUCAUUCAAG